AUGAGCCGACAAAAGACCCAGAAAACUUUUGCUAUUGAGAUUGAAGUGAGUGGUUUCUUGAAGCUAACCAUGAAUGAUCAGCCAGGCAAUGACGUGCUUGUUCCUUACGCUAACCAACCCGACUUCGGCUCUGAAGGGGGCGGUGGUCCCAUUGAAGGCAAAACUAAAGGCGUGACGCCCAGUCAUUUCUACGACGCAUGGCGACAAGAAAAAAUCUACGGAUCGUCCGCUACGGUUUUGAUGAUGGUGAAUAUUGCCAUAUUUAUUGGCACAAUAGUUCUCUUCAGAGCGGUACUCAACGCGACGUUGUACAGUAUAUUUCCAGACUACAGAUCUCACUAG